AGGCCCUCGUUAAGUAAUCGCAUUUCUCUUGCAUAAGUGCUUGUUUUUGGGAGGCAUUAGCCAAUCAGAGGCUGCAGCUCGCUGGCAGAAAGCAUGUCUAACUACUGUGGAUUUUUUUUGUUUUAAAUAAUGCCUGUUUAUUAAUCUGCUGAAAGUUGUGUAAAAUUGUCUCUUGCGAUAAGGGUGAGCGGCGGAGGCUCCUCAGCGCUGGUGGGAGCCGAGCUACAGCUGUAAAAGCGCUGCCAGAUCCUUGGUAAAAUGGAUGCUAUACACAAGCUGAAGAUUUUUGUGGUGUUUCUAGCUCUGGCUGCUUUCACGGUCAUGGUCAUACUGAAUGCUGGAAAUGCCACUGGGAUAUUCAAAGGUCUGUUCAGGACAACCCCUGGAAACAUCUCGGCGAAGUACAACACUGGCUUCACACCAGCUGGCUGGACUUUCCUCAUCUGGAAUGUCAUCUAUGCCUGGCAGCUGGCCUGGCUUCUCUAUGCCUUGUCAGGGAUCUGCCGAAGGAAUGAACUUGGAUGUGUCUACAUAAAGCCAGACUUGCUGCCGAUACCUUUUUAUAUGAUGUGGAUUCUGAAUAAUGGCCUCAAUGUUGGAUGGCUGUUUCUGUGGGACCGAGAAUACCUCCUUCCAGCCCUGGUGUUCCUGGCAGCCCUGACUUUUACCACGUGUGCCGCCCUCUUCAUUUCACACCGAGCGCUGAGCAUCCAUUCCUCGUGGUUUGUGAAGGGUCACAAAGCUGAUCUCUGGCUCAUCCGCAUCCUAGUCCAGAAUGGGCUGGCGCUGUACGCAACAUGGACCACCAUCGCCACUCUGCUGAACUUUGCCGUUGUUUUGAUCUACAAGUGGAAUGUGUCCAACGAGACAGCGACGACUGCUUCUCUAAGCAUCCUUGCUCUUGCCCUAGUAAUAUGGUUUUAUCUAGAAAACUUCUUUCUUGACAAGUAUGUCCGCUAUAACCUUACAAUCUACCCAGUGGUCAUAAUAGCUCUGACUGGCAGCGCGUGCAAGAACUUCUCGUUUUCAUCUCCAACAACGAAUGGCAUUUUUAUAGUUUUUCUGCUGGCAAUAACUUGCUUGAUCUUUGCUGUGCGGCUUGGACUAGUCAUAUGGAGACACUGUAAGAGACCACUGGAAGCAUCAGAAACCCCAGACCCAUCAGGCGCCAUGGCCUGAGACCUCUGGUAUGUUGUGGCAGAUACUUUAAAGGGAGAAAAAAGAAUUGGGCAUCUGCUGGUCUUUCCUUCCAGUCUCAAUUGCCUUGUGCUUUUCUGUAACCCUUUCAAUUCCAAAGGUGGGUGGCUUGUGCCUGCAAACCUGUCCUGCUCCCACAUUCCCUCAGAUCAGCUACUCCCAGCCCCACCUUGAGCCUGCACCCUCCUGCGUUUAGUUUGACUCCGGAUCAGCGCAGGAAAAAGUCCUUCAGCUGAACAGCCCUGUGAUCACCUUUGUGGCGGCUGAGCUGUGGCUCUCUGCUCCUGCUGGUGCAACAGGGGCCGUCACCAGGCACUUGGCAGGCUUACACAGACUGUUGCUCACAUUCUUUCCUUGGUGGUUCAUCUUUUUUUUUUCUUAAAGCGCAGCUCUAAGUGAAAUGUCCCUGGGAGUCAAGUCACUGUGCACAUCUUGUGCUGGCCACAUGCCUCCUGCUGGAGCCAACCUGGCAGGAGGUUGGAUGUACAGAUGAGAUGAUACCUGAUCUGGGGUAAAGCUUGCUGCUUCAAAGGGUGCCUGCUUAAGGAAGACCAAAAAAAAAAAAAAAAAUUAUUUGAACUGGUAGAGUGAGUUCAUCCUGGAUCAGCGCUUUCUCAUGCGGCUUCACUAUUACUAUGAGGAAGCUGAAAAGUGGAUUGACUGAACCGUCAGACCACUGCCUCUACUUUCUGUGCCUGCUCAAGGGCUGAUGGUGCCUCACUGGUGUCUGGGAAGUGUUCCUACACGGCAGGUGCUUUCAAAUGCUGAAUAUCUUGCGAUAUUAUUACAAAGGUGAAUUAUUCUAAAAUAAAGCGUGCUAUUGCUUACACUUGAGGAACAAAAUCAGUGUAAUGCGGUUCCUCUUGUCAUUCCAUCACACUGUUUUAUUUUCAAAUUAAUUGGCUAAUUCCACCACUCUUCUAACUCUGUAAAUCGCCUAAAGCACCUGUCCUAGCUCCUGCAUCACUUGGGUCCUGGUCCCUUGCUGGAGCCAUCUGCCCCUCCCUUGCUGGGGUGCUCCUGGGAUGCUUCCACUGAUGGUGCCUUCCUCAACCUUAGAGGCAGAGACUUGGGCGAUGCAGAUUCCUAUGUAUGACUUAAACUGCCUUUCCCAGCACCCUGUUCAUUAAACUUCUAUUUUAUAAGCUCUGCCUCCCAGGAGCCCGGCUAGUAAAUUCCCAGUGGUGACUCUGUAAGAUGCCUUCUUUAAUACACUGAUAUUAAAUCUACCGGCUUGUAGAUUAAGGGGUCUGGGCAAGGUGAGUGGUUGGUGUGAGGCUGAGCAGCAGCAAAUGUGCAGGGAGCCCUGGAAGGUUUUGCGUCCUCCUGAGUAAGCGCUCCACAAACGGCUCCUGGACCAGGGCAGCUACACUACCUCCCCACAGCACACUAAACCAAGCCUUCAGGGGCUUUCUCGGUGUCUCUGCCUGGUCUCUGUACUGGCCAAAUGACUAAAACUAUACCACAGGCUACAAUUUUUAUAUUAGUUAGCUGGGGAGAGUCAACAGGUCUUCUGUAGAGGGAAGUCAUGUCUCAUACCUCCUGGAGUUUUCUGAAGGACUCAAAAAGCAUGUAGGUAAGGGUGAAUGGUUUAUAUUGCCGCCGGCUUCUAAAGAAGUUCAAGAGCUAUGGCAUAAAAGGCAGUGUCCUCCCUUAAGUCAUCAAAGCUGGGAAAUAGAGGGGGUGUUUCUCUCCAGGAAGGGAGGUCGCUGGUGGCCAUGGUAGACCUGGGCUAGAUAACAUAGUCAUUAAAAAUCAAGGGCUGGUUUGGUUUGAUGAUGGACAAUUAUUUAGGACACUAAAGGAAAAGGUUGACUGGAGAAUUGCAAAAAGCUCUUAUGAAACCAACUGUGGACAGCAGAAAUGAUGGAUGGAAGUCAUACCAAGUCAUACCAGGCUGUGUUUCACCUUUCAAGUGCUCAGCAUGCUCUGAACUGGCCCCUGUCAUUCAGGUGCAAUAGCUUGGAGCUAUGGUAGCCAUUCUCACCCAAAUAUUUCCGCAUCUGUCAGCAAACCAUAUAUCAGGGAUGGUUAGUAAAGGAGUAAAAUUGAGAACACCUUUGUGUCUCUCUAAAGCCACCGUGCACCCACAUCUUGAGGGUUUUGUGCAGUUUGGGUCCUUGCACUUCCCGGAGAUUGUUAAAGGUAUGGAGAAGAGCAAGGGCACUGGGGACCAAGCUGUCUCCCUGCCCAUCCCUGCACCCCAGGGCUGAAGAGCAGCUGGGCUGAGGAGGAGUGUGAGCCCCUGCCCCAUGGCCACCUCGCUGCGUGAGGGACCAGGCCGGGUGCUGCUCUUCACCCGACUCUUGCCACUCUAAAAUGAGCUGCAGGAAGAGCCUCAGAGGUCUUUUUCUGAGUGGUGAUGAGGUGCUACAGCAGCACCCAGUUAAUCUUUUGCAGACCUCCCUGCGAGAAAGCCCUUGGCAACCGCCCCAAAAUGAUUAGGUUGAGCUAGACCCAACCCCCCUUUGGCCACCCACAAAUAAGGUCCUGGUCCCCAGAAUCUUCUCCAAGCACUAUUUCCCAGGAGCUGGGGCAAGCAGAGCUCCAGCCGGCUUUGGGAAAAAUGGCUUUCCUUGCAACUGCACAGGAACAGGGGUCUAAAAAUACCCUAUCUGUCCCUUUUUCUUUUAGCUGGAGGAGGGGAAAGAGGGAUGAAAAACAAGUGUGAACCUUCCCCUUCCAACCUUGGGGCUAAAGAUAGCCCCAAGGCUAUUUUUAAAGGCCUCUUUUUUUUUUUUUUUUUUUUUUUUUUCCCCUGUAAUGCCUUAUUUUCAUUUGUUUUCAAAAACCACUGAUACAUGGUUUUGCCCACAAGAGAUUUUCUUUUAGCAAAGCUGCAUUUCAUGAACCUGGAAACCGGCCCACUCUUCAGCAAAAAUAAUUGGUCCGGCUUUUGUUUCCAUGAGAGAUUAUGGGAUUUGGGUGUGUUUUACUGGAUUUAAAAUUUCUUGGAAAGCGGGCGGCCUUAAGAACCCAAAGCCUGAAAAAUUAGUUUUGUUUCUGAAAAGGCAAUUCAGGGCCCUGGCAAAUGUCCAUGUUGUCUCUUAGCCCAGCCUGGGAUGUGACCUGAGUCCCCUGGGCCACCUCGCUUCCCCAUGGGGCUGGAAGACGGAUGGGGCUGGCAAAGCCAGGCAUGGUGUGGUUCCUGGGAUGUGAAGGCGUACCUUGCUUUCUGAUACCAAAAGCUGGGUUUACGCUUGUCAUCCUCCGAAGGGAUUUGCUCUGUGCCUAAAUGGGAGGAUAGGGAAAAGCAGAGUGGUCUGUAAACCACCACUGGGUGGACAACCCCAGAGCUUACCCCAGGGAUCUCCUUCUCCUGGCUGGGGCCAGCUCCUGCCCAGGCUCCCUCCCGCUCUGUGCCUGGCAGCCUCCAUCCAAGGAUGACCCAUCACUUUAGCAAUAUCUCCUCCAGAGGACUGUAUCAGCUGGGCUGGACAUUGCUGAAGCUGCAAGACAGUUUUUUUUUCAGUAAAAGUUCCUGGGAAAAUCUGAUUUGGAAGAAUGUUGCAUGGAAGAAGUUGUGGCUUGGGGGAAAUAUGCGUUUGAACCGGAGAGCAAAUGUGCUAAUUCAAAAGGAAUUUUUUUUAAAAUGGGGUUAUAAGACCCAGGAUCAGGCUGUCAAUAAAGUCCAUGCAGCUUCCAGAGAAAACUGUGCCUCGUUUCUUGGAUUAGGGCUCAGCUGGCUCCUCCUCAGCCACCGUGAGAGCAGAGGAGAUGUUGGGAUCGGGGCAGGCUUCCCUCUGACACCUUCCACCAGCAGCAACAUGCUCCAGGCACUGUGUCCUGGAGCCCGUCCUGCCUGCAGCCCCAGGCCACCACUGUCUUCUCACAAUGCUCUUGGCUACGGAACUCAGGCAGGCUCUCCUGAUGGGCUCCCAAAAAGCAAAGCACCCAGGCAGAGGAGACACUGUGUUACAAGCUAAUUUCUUCUUGGCUUGACGCU